UUUACGCGCUCAAAUAAAGUUUUUUGUUUAUUUUGUCUAUGUUAUGAAAUCAAACUGUUAUUUCUUCCUGUGAUUUAAUGUAAUUCAUUUAUUGUUAUUUAAUCUUGAUAAUUAAUUGUACAUCUGAACAAACUAGUCAUGGAUUCUGAUACAAUUAGUACAACGCCAUCGAUCACCUCUAUUCUUAAAAUGGCGGAAGACAAGAUUAAACUGUUUGCCGAAGAGAGUGAUGGUGACUCUGCCGGAGGGCUUGAACUUCUUGAUCAAAAAAUAACUAUCAAUGAGUCGACGUGUGAAGAAGAUUUGGUCCACUAUUUUAAUUUAGUGAAAAAAGCCAUCAAUAUCUUCAAAGUUGCUAUAACGGCCAAAAGAUCAAGCGCAAACAUGACUUUAUGGAUUCACUAUCGUUCGCAAAUUUUUAACUUUCUUAAGUGUGUCUACAAAAUUAACAAGCAAGGCAAUGAAACAUUUCAGCAAAUUUCCAUCAGAGAGAUGACCAACUUAGUGAGAUUCACUGGACGGAUAUCUAUGUUGGAUGAUUUCGAUCCUAACAUUUAUAUAUUAUCUUCUGAUAUUCAAUCGCCCUCGCGACAAUACCUCCAUGCUUGUUUCGAUGUCUGGCUAAUCUCGUUUCAUUUGUUGUGUGAAUACAAUCAGCAGACGCGCGGUAAAAUUGAGAUCCUAGGAGAAGUAAACGAUCCAGCUGAUUCACGAAUUAAAUUUCUUGAAUGCUUGUUGGCUGAUCUUCUAUACAUAUCGCUUCAAAAAUUUUCAUCUACUAAAGACAUGCGGAUGUUGACCACAAUAGACCCAUAUGUUUGCACUUGUCACCGUGUCUUAUUCACCAUUAUCAAGAUUCUUGUGGAAAAAGAUCCUGCAAUUCUAAAUAUCCAUCCUUUUUGGUUCUACUUUAAUGUGAUAAUAGACAAUUUCAUUGAAGAAAAUAGGAAAGAAUGUAAAGAUCGAGAUAGUUUGAUAACUUACAAAAGAGUACCCAGCAACUUUAAUUCACUAGAUAACCUUAACAUUGCAAAUUUAUGGCUAAUGAGCAACCUUUUAGAGCUUAUUGGUGCUCCUAAAGACUCCAUAACUAGUCAAGAUUCUUGCAAUUCUACUGGUUUCACGCAAGCAAUAAUUUCUGUGUUGCGUGAUUUCCAAGAAUCCAGCUUUGUCAAAAGUGAAUUACUAGAAAUCGCAAUGCAGCUUUGUUUCAAUGCAGUUAAACGGUGUAGUGUUUGUGUCGACAUUCCCGUACCAUUUGUUGACUAUUACAUGAAAAUGUUGACUUCAUCUCAAUCUUCAUCUAGUGUUUAUUAUACUUUACCGAAAUCUAGUAAUCAAUGGUCCCUCAAGCUUAGGACACUUUUCGAGAGAGGCUCAGCAUCUGAGAUGGACGACAAACUUCUCGAUUUAUUACUUCUUCUUCUUGAAAAAGUAAUUUUUAAAUUAUUCGCUAAAAAUUCUUAUCAAAAUAUUCAGCUUUGGCAAAAACUUAAAAGCGAUCUUUUCACCACUCUUUCAAAGUAUCCAGUUGAGGAAUUGAAUGAAAGCCAACUUUAUAAAGUAUUAACGAUUCUUAUUGUUUGCUGCUAUGCCUCGGAUGACCAUUAUGUUGACAUCGUUGAUAAAUUUGCUGAGCUCGCUAAAGCAAUUAAAAUUAAAUCAAGCCAUUCUAAAAAGGUUAAGCUGAUGAUCCAGUCAACCAUCUGUGCUGCCCUUCUUUUAUCAGACGAAAAAGAUAUGAACAAACUCGUUUUGAUUGCCAUAGACAUUUUCGAUAGGCUGGCGGAGGUUUUAUCAAGAUUAGAUAAAUCAAAUACAUCAUCGAGAGAGUCAUGCAUCGAACUUAUUUUAUUGUAUUUUCAGGAAAUCAUUUAUGUAUCAGAAGUCAAGGUUGAAUCGAUUGGAAAAUGUGCACUAAUACCUCAAUCUAUCGUUAAAGUGUUUGGUCAAUUAGCCGAUCGUGAUUUAUUAAAUCUGGUCGCAUCAGUCACUCGUGUAAUUAAUUCUGUCCGCAUUUAUCUUCCGAUGGUUUUAGAUGCUUCAAACCAACAUUCGUUUGGCAUUUUUUUGGCCAAUAUCAUGAAAAAUUUUCUGCCCUUUGUAAAAGCUCAAUAUGGUAAAGGAUCGAUCAUUCAAAUUGAUGUAUGCGAAGUUGCUUCAAAUCUAACAUUCUUGAGUUAUUUCAAAGAUUCAGGCAAACUCAAUCCAUCGGAAUUCCGAAAUAAUUUUUUUCUUUUUACCUGCUCUUCUCGAAUUGACAACAAGCAGCGUGAAAAAUUUUGUGAUCUAUUAUUCGAAAGUGGUGAAUCUCUAUUGACUAAAGAAGUUUGUCAACUAUUAGCAGAAUUAACUGAAAGGUUUUUGAAGAGUGAUGAUAGUGGUCAAACUCGUAUUAAAACUGUUAUUCAAAAACUGAUUGUCAUCGUUAUAAAAAAUGUACCAAAUCAUAUCUCUGAUUACUUCGAACCAAAGCUUACUGAAAUCAUCUCUCGUAAUUUGGUUGGUCCCAAUAUGAUAAAACUUUUCCGAUUGUUAAUGAUCUUCAUUAAGUUCCUUCCCGAGGUGAAACCAAAGCUUGUAACAACCAUUGCCCAACGAAUUCAUGAGAUCGAACUUGAAGGAAAACAGAGCACAAAUGAUAUCAGAGAUGCGUUAAGAAACUUUUUUCAUGGCAAUAGUUUGAAAUAAUCGUUUUACCUGUUGACUAAAAAUCUGUCUUUUUGAUGUGAUGUUUCAAAUUCCAUUUAAUUUCAAACUGUAUAAAAUCUUCAAAUUUUCUUCAACCUUCUCAUCUGGAUGGAUGCGAACUUGAUUUCUUUACAUCAUAGAAAGUAUUUAUGAUCGACAUUUUAAUGAUUUCCUUGACAUAACCGACUAAAACCUGAAGCAAGAAAUGAAUAUGGUUGAAUUGCGCGCGUAACCAGGAUUAAAGCAUGUUUUGCAAAAAUAUGCAAAAAUAUUAUGAAACAAUGUUGGUUCAACAUUUUGAAUCCAGCGUUAAUUGAGUGCUAAAACUCGUGUAUGGAGCACUCAAGUUAGCUUACGCUGAUGGUUGCCUUAAGAUGAAAGAUCAAGUCUUUUACCAUUUAUCUGCUGUUGAAUGACUCUUAUUGGUAAUUGAUGGGAAAGUAAGACUUCUGUUUGAUUGAUUGCGAAGCAGGUUCAAAAUUGGUGAUGUUGAUUAAAAUUAAAAGAAAGUUAAUUGUCAUGGACUGGAUAUGGAGCUUGAAUACUUGGAAUAAAACAAUCCGCGUAAUGGAUUAGAUUGCCGAAAAAGGAUAAUUCACUCUUAAAGAUGUUAAGACUUUAAAACUUAAAUACAUUUAAAUCAUCAAAUUUAUUCAAGAUGUCAGUAAAUCUCACGAUCAGCAAUAAAAAUAUUCACACGAUUGGCUUUUGGAUUCUAAUCUUCUUACAGACUUUCUCUUUAAAAUCUGUCUUCUCUUCUGAGAACUAUUGUCAACGUCACCAGUGAGAAAUCCAGUGUCAAACUGUCUGUCAUCGCUCUUCCUACAAUUGAUCUACACCAUUUCACGGUUCUUACAAAAAAUAUUCUGAGAAGAUCAUGAUUAUCAGUCAACUCAGUUACAAAGAUAGCAAAGAAUGAACUGUCAUGUACUCUGGAAUUCCCUUUAUUGUCAUUGAAGUGUUUUGAAAAUUUGUCAAGUUCACACCAUAGUAUCAUGGUUAAUCAUUUUCCGGCUUUAGAUUAUCAUUUUGUGUGAAGUUUAACGGAUUAAAAGCGGCAAAUAGUAAACCAACUGACUUGACAAUAUUUUCAUUAGAAUCAAGACUACGCCUUGGUUAACGAGAAAACUCAGUCCAUCUUUUAACUAUAAAACAUUAAAGUCAAAUUGUGUUGGAGCUGAAAUCACACUUUUUUUCAUCAUCACCAUUAAAGGCGUUCAUCUUGGAGUAAACUUAUUUUAAUUUCCACUCACCAGACACUACCAAAUCAUGCAGUUGACUGUUGGUUCAUCAUCCUUUUUAACAAAGAUUGAAUCAUCAUGAUCAGGAAGAGAAAGAGAUUGAAACAUGUAUCUAUAUUGGAACCUUGGAAAAAAAUAAAUUGUCAAAGUAAUCCAACUGUAAUUCAGUUAAAAACUGAAAGUGAACGAUUUAUGCAUUCGUUAGGAAAAAGAUCAAAAGCAUUCAAUGCGAACCAAGAGAAAUAUGACUCCAUUGAACAAGGAAAAAGUUUCGUUGUUUCUGAUUGAUUCCCUUUUCCAGUUGACAAUAGAUUAAUUUUUUCCAAUCAAAAAGCCAACCACUCUAUUCAACUACUUAUCAACUUAAACUAUACUUUGAUCUCUUUUUCAACUCAAGAACCAUCAUCAAAAUCUUAAACUUAAACCAAAAACUCCUUAUAUCAUCACCAUUUGAAUACACUUAUUGUAAAUAUUGUAUAUCCACUGAUUAUACUCUAUUGUUUCCAUUGUUUUAAUAAUUUUAUAUUCUAUCAUGAAUAAACUCUUUUAAGGUUUAAAA